AUGAAUACGUUUAACGCAACUUUCUGCAAUCUUGGAGCCACUGGCCGUUUGGGUCCAACUUUACUCGGUUCUUAUUAUAUUGGUAAGGAUCAUGAGAAAAUGGUAACCAUUCAAAAUGGUAUACAAUACUGGACAGUUCCCUACGAUGGUACAUACGAAAUUACAGCAGUUGGAGCAUCCGGAGGAUAUGACAAAUUUGGGUCGUCUAGUGCGCGGGGUCGGGGGGCUUACAUGAGAGGAGAAUUUCAUCUUAACAGUGGCGAUGUGUUAAAAAUAUUAGUUGGGCAAGAAGGUGUUAAAAAUAUUAAAAGAUAUUCUUCAGGAGGAGGUGGAGGGACGUUUGUAGUUACAGCAUCGAACACUCCUCUAAUUAUCGCCGGUGGUGGUGGUGGGACACAGAAACUAGACAACAGAUUGCCAAACUGCGAUGCAAGUAUAAAUACUUCAGGAAAGAAAAAUGCGUGCAAUGAUUCAUGUUCCACUUGGUCUGGCGGUGUUAAUGGGAGCGGUGCUUUGGAGGCAGACGAUCAUUACUCAGGAGGUGGCGGCGGAGGGUUUUACAGCAAUGGACGUAGUGGAAAAGAUUUUGGCGGGGUAUCUGGGGAGGGCGGAGAAGGAGGAAGAGCUUUUCUACAAGGAGGAGCAGGUGGUCGUGCACACUACUACAAUGCUGUCGGAGGAUUUGGUGGAGGAGGAGGUGCAUGGGGAUGGGGAAGAGGUGGUGGAGGUGGCGGUGGAUAUUCGGGAGGAGCAUCUGGUGAUAAUAAAUGGCAUUCAUGUGGAGGAGGAGGUGGAUCAUUUAAUAGCGGAAAGAAUCGUUUGAAUAAAGAAGGAUAUCUUGCCACUGGUCAUGGUUUUGUCGUUAUCAAACUCUCACCUUAAUUAAGUUUGUACAAAUUAACUGGCG